ACGGUCUACUCUUGUCUCUCUCUCAUCUCCUCCUCUCACUUUUUCGAGCCUGUGCGUGCAUAAAAGUAGCAAGCAAAAGGUUCCCCUCACUUUUUGCAUACUCCCUGAUCUCCUACCAGUUCUUCUAUCAUCAGAUUCAGAGGCUAUAUUUAGCACACGAUCGAGGCAAGUACUUUGCCGUGCACUGCACUUUCCUCCCUGUGCUGUGUGGCGGCGGCCAUCAAUGGCGGACGGCCUGUGCGAGCUCCUGGUCGACGACCACUGCGAGCUCCGGCACCGCCUGUCGGGCGCUGAGGACCUCUUCAGCAUCAUCGGGACUACGUGGAAGGAGGGCACGAACCGCGCCGGCGGUGAUGGUGCUGGAGGCUGUUCUUCUGGGGCUAUGCGGGCAUAUAGCCAGAGCUCCCCUGCUGGCGCCGUGGGGGCUAGGCCGUCUGUGAACUGCCGGAAGCGCACGGGCGACGAGGAGAAAGGCAGCGGCGGCGGCGGCGCUCCCGUGCAGAAGAAGCACAAGGGUUCAGCGGUGACAGAUGAUGCAGCCGCUGACGAGGGGGAGGCGAAGAUGUCACACAUCACGGUGGAGCGCAACCGGAGGAAGCAGAUGAACGAGCACCUCACCGUGCUACGCUCGCUCAUGCCCUGCUUCUACGUCAAGAGGGGAGACCAAGCGUCCAUCAUAGGAGGGGUGGUGGACUACAUCAAGGAGCUUCAGCAGGUGCUGCGUUCGCUGGAGACCAAGAAGCACCGCAAGGCAUACGCGGAGCAGGUGCUGAGCCCUCGGCCUGCAGGUGGUAGCGUGUCGGCAGCCAGCCCGCGGCCUCUCGCCGCCGUCGUCAAGUCCACGCCGCCGCUCAGCCCGCGUGUCGCGGUGCCCAUAAGCCCCCGGACGCCGACCCCGGGCAGCCCGUACAAGCCUGCUGCUGCUGCAUCCGGCGCGGCUGGAACAGCUGGAAGCUGCAGGCUCCCAUACCCGCCUGCCGCUGCCGCCUACAUGGCGGCGGCGUCACCGGCGAUAACGCCAACGUCGUCGUCGUCGUCCUACUCGCUCGAUCAGCAGCAGCAGCAGCAGCACUACUCCAUGCAGACGACGACGACGACGUACCUGCCGACCCUAGACAGCCUCGUAACCGAGCUCGCCGCGCAGGCAGCCUGCAGGCCAGCGGCGGCCGGCCUCAACCUCCCCGACGUGAAGGUGGAGUUUGCUGGGCCCAACCUGGUGCUCAAGACGGUGUCUCACCGGUCGCCGGGGCAGGCGCUCAAAAUCAUCGCCGCACUCGAGUCUCUGUCGCUGGAGAUCCUUCACGUCAGCGUCAGCACCGUGGACGACACCAUGGUGCACUCCUUCACCAUCAAGAUUGGGAUCGAGUGCGAGCUUAGCGCGGAGGAGCUUGUGCAGGAAAUUCAACAAACGUUAUUGUGAUGAUGACGUAGGAUUUGGCUACCUGCACAGAUGUAAAACUGCAUGCCUACAUGGUAUGGCUCCCAGGCAGAUUAAUAAUAAUUAACGGGAGCAGUGUCAUCGUCGGUGCAAUCUGUGUGGCUGUACAAGCUGUAGGCUCCAGUUUACAGUUACAGAUCAGGGUUAUUUCGGUCUGUAGCUGUGCGUAGUUAAUUAGUAUGUUAGAGAUUUGUUGUUGUCUUCAUUUCUACUGCUGAAUAAUGGAUCGAUCUUCAUCGACCUGUGUGUACGUUAAUAAGUUGUUCUCUU